UUUCAGCUUGCUGGUCGUCUUUCGGUUCCAUGGAUGAUGGAGGUCUCAAUACACGUCAUGUGCCAAAGGAUUGACCUUGAGGGGGAUUCUCAGCAGGCCGGCUACGGAGUUCGGCUACUGAGCGCGAAUGCCAGCUGGGGCGUGCAACCAUGCGUUCCUUACUCAUAGCCCUCCUGGGUCUGGCGAUCCAAGGCAGCGCGGCCUUGACACCAUCGCCACCGCCACCGCCGCCCAGGCCCAAGCCUCACACCUUCUUCAACCGAACCAUCUACAGCCCGCCCAAGGGAGCGCGCGCCCUGUAUGCGCGGGUCGCCGAGCUCCGAGACGGCACUCUCCUCGUGACGUCGACCGUCGCGGGCGGCAACCUUUUCGGCGGCGGGCCGUACCAGGGCUUUCCCGUGUGGGAGAGCAAGGACGGCGGCGCCAGCUGGACCUGGAUCUCCAACAUAACAGACCAGGUCAACGGCUGGGGCAUGAGCGCGCAGCCGGCGCUGCUUGAGCUGCGCGAGCCGCUGGGCCGCUUCAAGCCGGGGACCAUCCUCGCGUCGGGCAACAGCUGGAGCGCCACGGGCACGCGCAUCGACCUGUAUGCCAGCACCGACAAGGCCCGGACCUGGCAGUUCGUGAGCCAUGUCGCUGAGGGCGGGCCGCCGAACACCACCAAUGGUGCCACGCCUGUCUGGGAGCCGUUCCUCCUCACCUACGACAAGCAACUCAUCGUGUACUACUCCGACCAGCGCGACCCCCUGCACGGGCAGAAGCUCGCGCACCAGCGCUCCUCCAACCUGCUGACCUGGGGCCCCGUGGUCAACGACGUAGCCUACAGCGAGUACCUCGCGCGGCCGGGGAUGACCGUGGUGGCCUAUAUCCCGCCCCUCGACAAGUGGAUCGUCACGUACGAGCUGCCCGUCGGCAACUCGUCCUCGCACGGCGCCCACUACCCGGUGCACUACCGGCUCUCGUCCUCGCCGCUGACUUUUGACAGCGCGGAAGCCAGGGCGACCGACGCCGGCAUCGUCGUCACCCUUGAUGAUCAGCAGAUGGCGCCGAAUGCCUCGCCCUACGUGGUGUGGUCGCCGGUGGGGGGGCCGAACGGGACCAUCGUGGUGUCGGAUGCCGAUAACAGCCAGGUGUAUGUGAACACCAAGGGCGGGGAUCCCGACGCGUGGGAGAUAAGGCAGUCUGGGCACCCGGCGGCGUAUAGCAGGGCGCUUCACGUGCUGGAGAAGAGGCCGGAUUUGUUGAUGGUGGUGGGCGGGGAUACGUUCGACGGGAAUGGCUGGGGUGGCUUGACUGUGAGCGUAGAGAGUGUGACGGCUUUGUUGGGUAGGGACCGCAGGGCCGGUCAAUAGAGAGAGAGUCCAUAGGCUUAGUUGUUUCAUUCGCUGAUUUGGUCAUGUCUCGGCCCAUUUAGCGAGGACCAUCAUGAGAAUCAAAGUCUGGGCUCCGAUGAGAAAUGCGCCGAUGCCAAACCCGCCCUGCACAUCCUCUCGGACACCCGCCCAUGUUACGGAAACAACCGUAGUACUCAACAGAAUGAUGAGCAUCGUCAGGAGGAUAUUGAACUUGUGGGGUCCCUCGAUGAUGUGUACACCCCAGCCAAAA